CCUCGCGCUCCGCGGACAGAGAGUGAGGGUCACCGGAGUGGAGGGCGGACGAGGACGCGACUGGAGAAAGGAGGAGCGGCCCGGGCGGGGUGAAUAGCGCGGCUCCACAAGUGCAGCCAGCACAAUACGCGCCUCCGUGCCUCACGCCCCUCAGGCUGCGGAAGUCCUCUGGAGACUAGAGAGGUACGGAGGCGACCCGUAGACUACCAUUCCCAGCGAGCUGCGCGGUUGGUGGUACGCCCACGACUCCCGGCAGCACCCGCGCUCCAGGCUCUCUUCAGCAGGCGGCCUCUGAGGGCGAAACUACAGUUCCCAGGAGACCUCGCGCGAAGCGGCUUGGAAGUGGGCAGCCUGGAAGUCACUUGGGCCACGGGAGCUGGCGGUGUCUACUGCAAGCCCUGCGGUUUCGGACGCCGCGUUCGAGGAGCCCGCGGGCGGGCAGCUGGGGCGCCCAGAUAUACCGCCUUCAACCUUCAUUCUCCUGGAACCCUCAAGGUGAAUUUUCAGAACAUACUGAGGCAUGGCUUGGGAGAUACCCUUAUAGUCCAUCAGCCCUUCUCACAGCUGCUUCUUGCUCUGCCCUGCUGAACCACUCCAUCUGGAGCUCUCGGGAUGGCACCUGCUUCCUGAAGUUACCCUGGUCCUGCUGUCUGUAGCAAUGGUGGAGAACUGGACUCCACAGGCUCACAACCUUCACGUGCAUUUUCAGGGGCCAUCACCCUUCAUCCUGGGACUGGUGGCCCUGAACAAUGGCUGAGGGCCAAGGGACCCCAUAGAGUUGCACCACAGCUUGCAGGGGCCAGCAGCACUCCAGCUCCUGUGGACUAUGACCACCUAUCGGCCCCUUUCCAAUGAUGUGGACCUGGCAGCCAGCUGUGGGGCCAGGGGCACUGACAUCCUUCCUGGGCCCCACCCUGGGGACUACACUUCCAUGGGAUUCUGGACUCAGAAUGGCAGCAUGUCCCAGCCUCUUGGUGAGAGCUCAGGCACUGCUACUACCCGCCCCAGUCCCACCACACCAGCGAUGCCCAAGAUGGGUGUGCGUGCCCGAGUAGCUGACUGGCCACCAAAGCGAGAGGCCCUGAGAGAGCAAAGCAACCCCAGUCCCUCACAGGACACAGAUGGUGUGAAGACUGUGAAGGUGGCCCAUUCCAUGAGGAACUUACAGAAUGGACAGCCCCCUGCAAGCACCCCAGCUUCCUCAGGGUCCAAAGCCUUCCACAGACUCUCCAGGAGAAGGUCCAAAGAUGUGGAAUUCCAGGAUGGGUGGCCCCGGUCCCCUGGCAGGGCCUUCCUCCCCCUGCGACACCGCAGCAGCAGCGAGAUCACCCUCAGUGAAUGUGACAUCGAGGACCCCGGAGAGCCACGGGGGACCCGGCAAGCUGGGGUGCUGCCCCUGUUCCGAGAGUAUGGCAGCACAUCCUCCAUAGACGUGCAGGGUGUGCCUGAGCAGAGCUUCUUUGACAUCCUCAAUGAAUUUCGCAGUGAGCAGCCCGAGACCCGGGGCUCCCAGAGCCUCAGCGAACUUCUGCAAGCAGAUCCUGGUGCUCUCCUAACAGGAGGCAGCUGUGGAGUCAGUGGGGACUCCCGCAAUGGUCAGGCCUCCAAGGACAGUCUCCUGCCUCUGCAGCAAUUCAAAGAGAAGGAAAAGGCCAGAAAGAAACCUGUGCGGGGUCUAGGCAGUGGGGACACUGUGGACUCAUCCAUCUUCCGGAAGCUGAGGAGCAGUAAGCCUGAGGGGGAUGCAGGACGGCCUCUGGGGGAGACAGAGGAGGGUCGGAGCCCCCCAGAAGCCAGCAGGCCUUGGGUUUGCCAGAAGAGCUUUGCCCAUUUUGACGUGCAGAGCAUGCUUUUUGACCUCAAUGAGGCAGCUGCCAACAGGGUGUCGGUGGCCCAGCGACGGAACACCACCACAGGGGCUUCGGCCGCCUCAGCCAUGGCGGCCCUCACAGCAUCCCGGGUCCACAGCUUGGGGGGUCUGGACCCAGCCUUUACCAGCACAGAGGACUUGAAUUGUAAAGAGAACCUGGAGCAGGAUCUUGGAGAUGACAAUAGUAACGACCUACUGCUCAGCUGCCCCCACUUCCGCAACGAGCUCGGUGGUGAGCAUGAACGUAACGUGAGCUUCUCCCGAGCCUCUGUGGGCUCCCUAGGGGGCAGCAGUGAGACCCACCUAGUUGAGCCUAUGCUGAGCAUCCAUCGUACCAAUGCCAGCAUCUCAGUGCUGGAGGUGCCCAAGGAGCAACAAAGGACACAGAGCCGGCCCCGACAAUACAGCAUUGAGCACGUGGACCUGGGUGCCCGCUACUACCAGGACUAUUUCGUGGGCAAAGAGCAUGCCAAUUACUUUGGUGUGGAUGAGAAGCUGGGGCCUGUGGCUGUGAGCAUCAAGCGGGAGAAGCUGGAAGACCACAAGGAUCAUGGACCUCAGUACCAGUACAGGAUCAUCUUCCGCACCCGUGAGCUCAUCACACUUCGGGGCUCCAUCCUAGAGGAUGCCACACCCACAGCCACCAAGCAUGGUACUGGGCGAGGCCUGCCCCUUAAGGACGCACUGGAGUAUGUCAUUCCAGAGCUCAACAUCCACUGCCUGCGACUGGCUCUCAACACUCCCAAGGUGACAGAGCAGCUUCUGAAACUCGAUGAGCAAGGGCUGUGCCGCAAGCACAAGGUGGGCAUCCUCUACUGUAAGGCUGGCCAGAGCUCGGAGGAGGAGAUGUACAACAAUGAGGAGGCUGGCCCUGCCUUUGAGGAGUUCCUGGCUCUCUUAGGCGACAAGGUCUGUCUGAAAGGCUUCACCAAGUAUGCCGCCCAGCUGGACGUCAAGACUGAUUCCACAGGUACCCACUCCCUCUACACGACGUACCAAGACUAUGAGAUCAUGUUCCAUGUCUCUACCCUGCUUCCUUACACCCCCAACAACAGACAGCAGCUGCUGAGGAAGAGACACAUAGGGAAUGACAUCGUGACCAUCAUCUUCCAGGAGCCUGGUGCACUUCCUUUCACUCCCAAAAACAUCCGCUCACACUUCCAGCAUGUCUUCAUCAUUGUCCGAGUCCACAACCCCUGCACUGAGAAUGUCUGCUACAGCAUGGCUGUGACCCGAUCCAAAGAUGCUCCUCCUUUCGGCCCCCCCAUUCCCAAUGGAACCACAUUCCACAAAUCUGAUGUAUUCAGAGACUUCUUGCUGGCCAAGGUGAUUAAUGCUGAGAAUGCUGCACACAAAUCCGACAAAUUCCACACCAUGGCUACCCGGACCCGCCAGGAAUACCUCAAGGACCUAGCUGAAAACUGUGUUUCCAACACUCCCAUCGACUCCACUGGCAAGUUCAACCUCAUCUCCCUGACCUCCAAGAAGAAGGAGAAGACAAAGGCCAGGGCAGGUGCAGAGCAGCAUAGUGCGGGGGCCAUCGCCUGGCGGGUAGCAGCUCAGGACUAUGCCCAGGGGGUAGAGAUUGACUGCAUUUUGGGGAUUUCCAAUGAGUUUGUGGUGCUCUUGGACCUACGCACCAAGGAGGUAGUGUUCAACUGCUACUGUGGGGAUGUCAUUGGCUGGACCCCAGACUGUAACACACUAAAAAUUUUCUAUGGCCGAGGGGACCACAUCUUUCUACAGGCUGCAGAUGGCUCCAUGGAGGACAUAAGAGAAAUUGUCCAGAGGCUGAAGAGGAGCAGACUCAAACAGUUAAGACUCCAUCCCACCUGCUGCCCACAGGUGAUGACUAACGGCUGGGAAACGGUAGACAUGACCCUGCGGCGGAAUGGGCUCGGUCAGCUGGGCUUCCAUGUAAAGUACGAUGGGACGGUGGCUGAAGUGGAGGACUAUGGCUUUGCCUGGCAGGCCGGCCUCCGGCAAGGCAGCCGGCUGGUGGAAAUCUGCAAGGUGGCUGUGGUCACAUUGACCCAUGACCAGAUGAUCGACCUGCUACGCACCUCUGUCACCGUGAAGGUGGUCAUCAUCCCACCCUUCGAUGAUGGCACACCCCGAAGGGGUUGGCCAGAGACCUAUGACAUGAAUACCUCAGAGCCCAAGACUGACUCAGAAAGCACCACCCCUGGGGGCCGGCCCCCCUACCGCAGCAAUGCUCCCUGGCAGUGGAGUGGACCUGCAUCCCAUAACUCUCUGCCAACCUCUAAGUGGGCCACACCUGCCACCCCUGGCCACGUGCAGUCCCUGAGCCGGCCCCCGAAGCAGGCCCCCACGGUCCCCUUCCGUGAAUCCCAGCCACUGCACAGCAAGAGGCCAGUCAGCUUCCCAGAAACCCCUUAUUCAGCAUCACCAGCAGGGGCCGACAGAGUUCCUCCCUAUCGACAGCCUUCUGGGAGUUUCUCCACACCAAGCUCAGCCACCUACGCCAGAUACAAGCCGUCUCCUGAAAGAUAUGCAGCUGCCCCACACCCACUGCUGUCUUUUGACCCCCACUUCACCCACGAUGGAAUGUCCAGCGGUGACUCCUCAGGUGGCCUGACUAGCCAGGAAAGCACCAUGGAGCGCCAGAAGCCAGAGCCUCUGUGGCACGUGCCAGCCCAGGCCCGGCUCUCAGCCAUGGCUGGAAGCAGCGGGAGCAAGCACGCCUCCAGGCAGGAUGCAGCAGGCAAAGAUUCCCCCAACAGGCAUUCCAAAAGCGAAACUCAAUACUCGAGCCAUUCUAGCAGCAACACCCUCUCCAGCAAUGCCUCCAGCAGCCACAGUGAUGACCGCUGGUUUGACCCUCUGGACCCUCUUGAGCCAGAGCAGGACCCCCUCUCUAAGGGUGGCUCCAGCGACAGCGGCAUCGACACCACACUCUACACCUCCAGCCCCAGCUGCAUGUCUCUCGCCAAGGUGCCUCGGACCACCAAGCCACACAAGCCCCCCGGAAGUAUGGGCCUUUGUGGAGGGGGCCGGGAGGCAGCUGGGCGGCCCCACCAUGCAGACCGGCGACGGGAGGUCUCCCCAGCUCCUGCAGUUGCCAGCCAGAACAAGGGCUACCGGCCAAAGGUAUACACCUCAGGCUCCAGCACCCCUCCAAGCCUAGCUGGGUGCAGCCGAGACACACCAAGGCAACACAGUGACAUGGGCUCCAGGGCUGGCUACCCCACUCAGGUUUACAAAACUACCAGCACUGAGACUCCUCGGCCCUCCCAGCUGGCCCAGUCCAGCCCUUUCCAGCUCUCCACUUCCGUCCCCAAGUCCUUCUUCUCGAAGCAGCCUGUGUACAACAAGCACCCAACAGGGUGGAAAAGAACAGACGAGCCCCCACCACGGCCGCUCGCCUUCCCUGACACUAAAAAGCAAGUGGACACCAACACAAAAAACGUCUUUGGUCAGCCACGGUUGAGAGCAUCCCUGCGAGACCUUCGAUCCCCACGGAAAAACUAUAAGUCAACCAUUGAGGACGACCUGAAGAAACUCAUCAUCAUGGACAACUUGGGGCCAGAGCAAGAACGGGACACAGGACAGCAGUCCCCUCAGAAGACCCUGCAGCGGACACUGUCAGAUGAGAGCCUGUGCAGUGGGCGCCGGGAUCCCAGCUUUGCCAACCCUGCCAACCUGGAACCAGGUCUCCCCAGCGAUGUGCUCUUUACCAGUACCUGCACCUUUCCCUCCAGCACGCUGCCUGCCCGCCGCCAGCACCCACACCCACCCAGUGGUGCUCCCAGCAUUAUCCCAGCCACCGGCAACGGGUUCCCAGAAAAGAAAUCUGCCAUCUCAACCUCAGAGCUCUCACUGGUUGAUGGACGGGACCGGUCCCUGCGACGGCUCGACCCUGGGAUGAUGCCUCUGCCUGAUACAGCUGCUGGCCUGGAGUGGUCCAGCCUGGUGAAUGCCGCCAAGGCAUAUGAAGUGCAAAGGGCCGUCUCGCUCUUCUCUCUAAACGACCCAGGCCCCAGCCCAGACAUCCAGCCUGCACACAGUCCUGUCCAUAGCCACCUGAGCCUGGAGCGAGGGCCCCCAGCCCCCAGGACCACACCUACCAUGAGUGAGGAGCCAGCCCUGGAUCUGACAGGCAAGGUGUACCAGCUGGAAGUGAUGCUGAAGCAGCUGCACACGGACCUCCAGAAGGAGAAGCAGGACAAAGUGGUGCUGCAGUCGGAGGUGGCCAGCUUACGGCAGAACAAUCAGCGGCUGCAGGAGGAGUCCCAGGCUGCCAGUGAGCAGCUGCGCAAGUUCGCCGAACUCUUCAGCAGGGAGAAGAAGGAACUCUGAGGCACCUUUCUCAGCCCCUAUGUCUCCCCUGCUGGCAGGUCACAGGCUCCUGAAUUCCUAGGCUCUGGGUUGCAAGGUGACAGGUCAUCUCUGCCAUGACCCUCCAACAGCCUUUCUUAGGGACUCAGCCCUGGGGCAGGAGCCAACUCUGCUACUGUCUCAGGCUUUCUUAGCUGCUUCUGCAGGCCAAGCAGCCUCUUUCUAAAACCCAUCCACCUGGAGCUGAACUGAGGCAGGAGGAGACCAGGGCAGCCCCUGCAUGAAAACCAUGGAACAAGAUGAGCCCUUUCUUUUCCCACUCCCCACAGUCCAGGGCUCCUCUGUCCCCAGUGUGCUAGCUCCAGAAAGCCUGGACAUCACCCCCACCCCAUUCCCCUGCUGUACCAUAUCUAGGAGCACUUUCGUAGAAUUUAAAUUAUUUUCCUGGGGCCCCAGAAUGGACAGGAAACCCCAGCAUCCAGAGUCCAGUUCUUUGAGAGAAAACUAUUUGUACAAUCAAAACUGUUUAUACAAUCUUUUCUAUUAACUCUUCUCCCCUUAGUAACCAUGAACCUGAGCUUGGAGCCACAGACCCCUCUACCUUCAAGCUACUGAUCUGGCUGGCUGCCGACUCCUCCCUUCCCCCCAGCACAAUACUAGGCCCUCCCUGGCCAGAACCCUAGCCACCUCCCAGAUCUAAAGGUGGCACAGAGCCUGGGGACAGGGCUGAAGAAAAGCAGUCUUCACCUCCUGUCUGGUCCCCUUUUCCUGUACAAGUCUCCCUGGCCACUCCUCACAGCCCUCAGCAGCAGCCACCAGACAGAAACACUGUGCUCCCUGGGGAACACUCACAGUGAAACCCCCACAGAUGCUGGUUUUCUAAAGGCAAUAAGAGACAGCUUAGUGUGGUAUUAACACUGUUCACCCAGGAAACACAAGUUCCUUUUUCCCCCUUCUUUAAAAACAAACAGAAAAGAAUAUAUAUAUAUAUUUAUUUUUUCAUGUAGAGUUGCACCAGAACAAGUGUAGAUCACCACAGUCUGUGGAUGCGCUAAUGGGCUGGGGUCAGUAGGAAGAGCCAGAGGAAUGGGGAGGCAAUAGACACAUCCCUCUCUGGGAAGCAAUGGGAAGGGAGCAGUUGGCAGAACUGAUUGGAUCUAGAGCCACUACUAGGUGGUCCUCAGCUAAAGACCCUCCACUUUUUCUUUGGGCCCAGGAACCUCAAGGGAGGCACUCCAGGCAGGCAAGAGGGCAAGGCUAGAGAAGAGGAUACCCAUGGCUCUGGAUGACCCACCUCUGGCUCUAAGACCCCCUAGAUUAUGCAGGAAGAAUAUACCUUGUCCUCCACCCACCAUGGGAUGGUGGUGGUAGACCAGACCACCCAGUGUCCUCAGCCCUGGCCAACUACUGUGAGGUCUCUCCUUUCCUGAAACCCUUUCUGAAGGGUUCCCUGACCCUCUCCUUUCCUCAAGCCCCAACCUGGAGCAUUUUUCUUUUCUUUUCUUUUUUUUACUAUCUCCUCAUACUUCAGAUCAUUCGAAUCAAUUUGGGGACCUAAUCAUGUACAUUGACAAGUGUAAAUUAUAGUUUUUGGUUUUGCUCUUAAUAUUUUUAAGAAUCUCUGCAGAACAAAUUAUUUAAUUUGAUGUUAAUGCUCUGGUGGCUAGAAAUAGGCUAUUUUUUUUUUUU